CGCAGGGCAAUCUCUGAAUUCUAAAACCCUUCCUCUACCCUGCUCCGAGGUCUUCAAAUUCUCAACUCUUUACGCAGCCCACUACGGUCAUUGGCUCAGUGUAGAGCUGAAGAGCCAUGGCGGAGCCUCCAACCCAUUGGCGUUUACAGAGCGGUCAAUACCUUGGAGAAAUCUCAGCCCUCUGUUUCCUUCACCUCCCGUCCCAUGUCUCUUCUCUCCCUUACCUCCUGGCCGGUUCAGGCUCACAAGUCCUGCUUUACAGUUUGGAUUCUGGCCAAUUAAUAAGGUCCUUUCAUGUCUUCCAAGGGAUUCGUGUACACGGUAUUGCUUGUAAUGAUUCCAUUAAUUGCGCCGAGGGAACCAUUUCCUCUAAGCUUGCUUUUCAACUCGCUGUGUUUGGUGAAAGGCGUGUGAAAUUGUUUAGCUUGGUGAUUGACUUUGGUUUAGAACCCCAAAAUGGAUCCGGGAUUUGUGUGAAUUUGAACCAGUUGCAUUUGUUACCCAAGUUUAAUAAUUGGGUUUUGGAUGUCUGCUUUUUGAAGGGACUUGUACGUUCUCUCGAUGAGGGGAGCCAUUGUCUUGCAAUUGGGUGUAGUGACAACUCUGUUCUUGUUUGGGAUAUUUUGACGUCUAGUGUGGUUCUUCAAGUCCGGUCUCCAGAGAGGUGCCUUCUUUAUUCCCUGCGGCUAUGGGGUGACAAUAUUGAAGCUCUUCAAAUUGCAUCUGGUACUAUUUUUAAUGAGAUUCUUGUUUGGAAAGUGGUUUCUCAGAAUGAUGCUCCAUCUUUGCAAAAUCCUAUGGAAGACCAUAUUGAUGAGAGAAGCCCAUUCUGCAACAAUGUCUGGUUUCAUUGUCGGCAGUUUGAAGCUGUUCAUAUAUGCAAACUUGCUGGCCAUGAAGGCUCAAUCUUUCGCAUAGCAUGGUCCUCUGAUGGAUGCAAAUUGGUAUCUGUUUCUGAUGAUCGUAGUGCUCGUGUCUGGACAGUUCAUGCUGCAAGGAAUGGUUAUGAUAAGCCUGGAGUUUCCAUUGGCCCUGACCUUGAUGGAUUUGUGCUGUUUGGUCAUAAUGCCAGAGUUUGGGACUGCUGUAUUAGUGAUUGUUUGAUUGUCACCGUGGGCGAGGAUUGUACAUGUCGCAUGUGGGGAUUAGAUGGUAAGCAGCUUCAGAUGAUCAAGGAGCACAUAGGAAGGGGCAUUUGGCGAUGUUUGUAUGAUGCAAAGUUUUCGCUUCUUGUCACUGCUGGGUUUGAUUCUGCAAUUAAAGUGCAUCAGCUGCAUGGCUCUUUGUCUGGGGGUUUGCAUGGGCAUGCUGAGGUAAAAGAGUUUAUUGACAGAACGGAGAUAUUCACUGUUCGUAUCCCUAAUACGUCAGAGCAUUGCGGACUCACUGACAGCAAAAGUGAAUAUGUUCGCUGUUUACAUUUCACAAGUGAAGAUACCCUUUAUGUUGCCACAAACCGUGGUUAUUUGUACCACACUAAAGUAUCGAAUACGAGGGAUGUAAAAUGGACUGAACUCGUCUGUGUCAGUAAAGAGGUUCCAAUUAUAUGUAUGGAUGUCCUAUCCAAUAAAUCAUCUGAGCUUUGUGGUGCUGUUGAGGAUUGGAUUGCUGUGGGAGAUGGUCGAGGAUACAUGACCAUUGCCAGAGUAUUUUGUGAUAGUUAUACUCCUGAAGUGAGCCUCACAUUUACUUGGCCAGCUGGAAUAGAGAGACAGCUCUUAGGAACCUAUUGGUGCAAGUCAUUAGGAUAUAGGUACAUUUUUACUACUGAUCCUAAAGGAAUGUUGAAACUGUGGAGGUUGUGUGGUCCUUCCCCACAAGCUGCUCACAAUUCUGCAAGGAGUUACAAUAAUGUGUCUCUAGUAGGGGAGUUUGCAUCAUGCUUUGGAAACAGAGUAUUAUGUUUGAAUGCAUCUUUUGAGAAAGAGGUUCUGGUGUGUGGGGACGUACGUGGUAAUUUGGUCCUCUUUCCAUUGUUGAAGGACCUGUUGUUGAAUACAUCUGUUGCAUCCAAAGUGAAAAUCGCUCCAAUAAAUUAUUUUAAAGGAGUUCAUGGGAUAUCAAGUGUGUCCAGUGUUUCAUUCAGCAGAUUAAGUUCUGAGCAGAUUGAAAUAUGUUCGACUGGAGGAGAUGGAUGCAUUUGCUAUUUGGAAUAUGACAGGGAUCGUAGAACUUUAGAAUUUAUAGGGAUGAAACAAGUUAAAGAAUUGAGUUUGAUCCAAUCUGUAUCUGCCGAUAAUGACUCACUUGACAAUUUAGCAAGUGGCUGCUAUGCAGCUGGUUUUGCGUCAGUAGAUUUUAUAAUAUGGAAUUUAAUAACUGAGACAAAGGUUGUGCAAAUACUAUGUGGUGGAUGGCGGCGUCCUCAUUCUUAUUAUCUUGGUGAUGUACCAGAGAUGCAGAACUGCUUUGCAUAUGUCAAGGAUGAGAUGAUCUAUAUUCAUAGAAAUUGGACACUGGAUGGUGAGAGGAGGAUAAUCCCCCAGAAUUUGCAUGUGCAAUUCCAUGGGAGAGAGAUGCAUACCUUAUGCUUUGUCUCUGAACAUCGAGCUAAUGAUCUCUUUUCUAGAGCUAUUUGGAUUGCAACUGGCUGUGAAGAUGGAACUGUUAGGUUGACUAGGUAUACAGCAGAUGUGGAGAAUUGGUCUGCAUCAAAAUUGCUUGGGGAGCAUGUUGGCGGAUCAGCUGUAAGGUCAAUAUGCUCUGUGUCAGAGGUACAUAUAGUUGCAUCAGAGGACACCAACAUUCCUGAUGGGAGGAGCAGGCAAACUGCUGGUGCAGGUAGUGGAGAGAAUCCAUUUUUACUGAUUUCAGUUGGUGCAAAGCGGGUCUUGACUUCUUGGCUACUAAGAAAUAGGAAGCACAAGGAAGAAACAGUUGAUCAGCAAUAUAGUGAAACUGGAUAUGGCUGUAAGCCUUCAUCAGGAGAGCCUUCAUCAAUGUCAUUCCAGUGGCUUUCUACUGACAUGCCAGCAAGGUAUUCGAGUUCUGAUUAUUAUCCAGAAGAGAUAGAGAAAGUAGUCAGUGCAACAGAAAAUGUCCACAGUACAAAAGUUGGUGCAAGAUCAUUGUUUCCAGGAAAGGAAAAGAUGGACAUAACAUCUGGCUUUGGAGAUAAGUAUGAAGACGAUUGGAGAUACCUGGCUGUCACGGCUUUUCUUGUUAAAUGUGCUGGUUCCAGGUUAACUGUCUGUUUUGUUGUUGUUGCUUGUUCAGAUGCCACACUAGUACUACGGGCUUUAAUUUUGCCCUGUCGUUUAUGGUUUGAUGUUGCUUUGUUGGUUCCUCUAUCAUCACCAGUUUUGGCUUUGCAGCAUGUCAUCAUUCCAAUAUGUCUUCCUUCUGAAGAUAACAGUCAGAAAGGAAGUGUAUUUAUUGUUAUUAGUGGAGCUACUGAUGGCAGUAUUGCCUUCUGGGAUCUGACUGGUGCCAUUGAAGCUUUUAUGCAGCGGCUUUCAACUCUUCAGGUAGAAAACUUCAUUGACUGUCAGAAACGGCCACGCACGGGUAGGGGAAGUCAGGGAGGACGAUGGUGGAGAUCAUUAAGCAGUAGCAUAUCUAAGAGAAAACCAGGCAGUAGUUCAGUGACCAUGAAAGCUGGAGAUGCACCAAAUCCAAAUAUGCUAAACCAGGUUACAAAUGGAACAGGGUUUUUGAUAAAUGAUUCUGGAAGUAGUGCAGCAACUUGUUCAAAUGCUAUACAUAUUGCUUCCCUUGAGCAUCCAGCAAAUGUAGAUGACUCACUAUUGGAGAUAUGUGAAAUAAGGCCUUUACAUGUUCUAAGUAAUGUUCACCAAUCUGGAGUCAAUUGUCUUCAUGUUUCGGAUAUAAGAGAUUGUCAAAACUCCCUGUCUGGUUUACUGUUCAAUAUAAUAAGUGGGGGCGAUGAUCAAGCGCUUUACUAUCUUAGAUUUAAAUUGUCUCUAAUAGCAGCGGUCCCGGAUAAUGAGUUUAUGGCACCAGACAUCAGAAAUUCAAAUGGGGAACCUGAAAGUACCAUUAACUUUGUUAAUUGUGGAGAAAGACAGAUCAAGGAUUAUAAGAUCAAAUUCUUAUAUCAUGAGAAAAUUGCAUCAGCUCACAGCUCUGCUGUAAAAGGUGUUUGGACGGAUGGCUCUUGGGUGUUCUCUACUGGUCUUGAUCAGCGUGUCAGGUGCUGGCUUAUUGAAAAAGAUGGCAAACUAACUGAGCAUGAUUAUUUAGUCGUUAGUGUGCCAGAGCCCGAAGCAUUGGAUGCUAGAGUAUGUGGCAGGAACCAUUAUCAGAUUGCUGUAGCUGGAAGAGGAAUGCAAAUCUUUGAGUUUGCUGGAGUCUGUGAAACAGACCAUGGAAAAUGAAGUUUUUCCCCCCCUGAUGAAUUAAUUUGCUGCCAGCGUUGAUGAAAGCUUUCGACAGUAGAUAUGAUCUUUUCAUCAUUACCUCUUAAGAGAACCCAGAGUGAGAAGGGUCCUCCAAAGCCAUUUUGGUCAGAGCCAAGUUUCACCUAGGUUGACCAGCGAGCAUGAUAUCUGCAACAGCUAAGAGAGAGUUUUCCGCUCCAUGGAAACUCUUUUCUUGGUUAAAAAUGAUCGUUACCCAUCUAGGAAACAACGAGGCCUCGUUUCCUAGGACGACAAACGUUGACCUCAAAUUAGGAUCCUGGUUAUAUUGGGUUAUGCAUUUUAGGAUAUUAGAUUGAUUUGUGCUAAUUUGGGCAGUGCAGCUCCGUUGACGUUUCUCUGUAACAGUAGCUUGCCUUAAAUUUUGGAUGAUAAAGAAUGGGAUAAAUUGAUUACAUAUCUAUACGAGCUUAUGUUACUUAUA